AUGCCUAAGUCGAAGAAUCUAGAGCCUUGCGGCAUCAUUGGUAUCCACUAUACCAAAGAGUGGCUGAGAUCAAUUGGUGUUUCCUGGCCUCACCUCGUGGGCAGUUUCGCCAAGGUUAACAGUCUCCAUCUUCCCGACACCAAAACGUUUGAGAGUAUUGCUUUGGUGAAAGAAAGCCCAAUGCGAGAUUGGGUCGAGAAAUACCUCAGUGCUCGCCUGACUGGAUUUGAUCAUCCUACCAAUGCUCACCGGAACCUGAAAGGCAACUGGACAGAACAACUGUUGAACGAUCCAGUCUCAAGAGAGGUGCUCCAAGAACUCUCUCCUCCACAAAUUGGCAUCAAAAACGUUACAGCCGAUAAUUUGACUGCAGUCAGCACACUUUGGUACAUUAUUCAAUGUAUGAAGGCCGUGCCACGUCUUUGUGAGAAGUCCGAAGUUCUCGGGUCCACAUUUAGUCUGGAUCCCUACGACGUCCUGCACAUGCACAAGUUUCUGAGCCACUGUAACAGUGACUUCAGAGGCAAAAGCAUCGACGAAUUCUUAUCAAAGAAGAAGAACCUUCUCAGUAAACUCCCCAAAUAUGCGGAUACCAGGAAGCUGAGUGCUACUGCUUCGUCAUCUGCCUCGGCUUUGAGCACUGCUUGCAUGAUCCCUACUUCGACUUCGAGUUCGACAUCCGACAAUAUCGAUGCGCUUCGCAAGACCUUACUGGGUAUGGAUGCCUUUUCUUCCGGAGACCAUACCUAUUUGCAAGAACUGGGUCCCGAUGCCCCUUCUGCUGGUGAAAAUGCCGUCGGUGACCUUGUCAAUAACAUCCAGCGGGCGGUCAUGCGAUCGCGACCAGGAAACACCGGACAACCGGCAAUGACAGAUGACGUUUAUAAGAUCUUGCAGGACUACAUGGUCAACAAGGACCAGGAUUUCUCCAAGAAUUGUGUCCUUUUUGAACCGGCUGACACCAACCCGCUCCAGACCAGCCUUGAUACGAACAUCGCUCAAGUUGCCUCCAUCAGUGAGGCCAUCACUACAGCAAAUGAUGAAGGGGAUGACCAAGACGCUGCAGAUGAAAUGGACCUGCGAGAUGACUCAAGUUGUCCUGCUGUCAAACGGCAGGGUCCCACUAUGUCUGCAUCAACAAGAGAUAUCGUCGACGCCUGCGAAAGGGCAGGGCUCGUCAUGACGAAUAAGGGUAUACAGCUUGUGACCCACAGUGACGUGCGAAUCUGUCUGGAGCCAUGGCAGGCCACUGCCAUCGCUUGGAUGAUAGACAUGGAAGAGCAGACACCUCUACGUGGUGGGAUUCUUGCGGAUGGUUGCGGUCUCGGAAAGACUCGGACGACACUCGCAUUGAUGGAGCGCUCAUUGUUGAAGGUUCCCGAUGAUGGGACGUACUACCCACAGCUUGUGCUUUGCCCGAAGAGCUUAGUUGACAUGUGGUAUACGGAAGUCAAAGAUCAGUUUGGAGAGACAUUCACUGUCAAGGUCUUCUACGGAUACCCGAAAAAGGCUCCCAAGUCUGAUCGGGAGAGAUGCAUCAUCAAGAGUAACGCCGAACUCUUGGAAUUUUUGGGUUCGCUUGAGCCUAAAUGCAAGACAACUGGGCGGGUCAUCAUCAUCAGCUCGUAUGAUACAUUUGCCAGGCGAACCACACACCGCAGUGCUGCAAGAGAGACCGAUCCUAUCAAUUUGGAGAGUGAUAACGAAAGCGAAGAGGAAGAGGAACCUCGCGAUGAUCCCCUUUUCGUACCUACCGAGAUGGGUACAGAUGAGUGGCUUGAUGCCAUGGAUACCAUUGAGGACUCAGAACCGUCUUCGUCUGAACAAGGCGUCACUCGGUCAGUGAAAUAUACUCUAGGAAGCCAAGGCUCUAGCACAACCGCGUUUGCCAUCCAGGGGCUCGGAAUGGCUCAGAACAAUAGUAUGAGCAGUGCCGCUGAGUAUAUCACCCGCCUGACUUCUGCCAAGUUCUCCAGAGUCAUUUGCGACGAGGCCCAUCGUGUGAAGAAUAUCAUGAGCAGGCUUCACCAAAGCAUCUCUCUCUUGGAUUAUAAUGCGAUAUGGUUCUUGACAGCGACUCCCAUAUCAAGUAGCUUUACGGACCUAAAUGGUCCUCUGAGCCUACUGCACAAACUUUCCGCCGCCGAUGGGCAGAACGGGGAACAAGAGGCAGAUCUCCCACUUGUACCGGGAAUAAAGGAUCGUCCAGAUGGCGGAUUUGACUAUCUACUAGAUGUGUAUGGCAGGUGGUCCAAAUUGACUAAGCUACCAAGUCCAGCUCCGUGGGGCUUAUUGAACCCGAGACUGCUGUUCGAUCUACAAGGUCGACGAUUGACACCCGCACAGGCUUGCAAAGUUAUCCCUAUAAUCUUCCGCCUGUGCAUUCUCCAAAGACACAUGGGCGAUACAAUUGAUACUCAAGACGGGAAUAUCCAGAUCGGUGGAAAUAUUCCCCCAGCUCGCGUGAUGACAAUCGAACUGUGCUAUUCCGAUGAGGAACAGAGGGAUCAUGAUCUGAUUUACUCUAAAGUUGUCAGAGGGUUGACAUCGACAAAGGAGGGUGAAUGCUAUGCCAGCAAGUUGUGUCCGGUUCAGCAAUAUGGUACUGGUCGUGUCAACAAUGGAAAGCUUCGACGUCUCUGUGCCUUGGCGUUCCAUCCCAAGCUGGAUACGUUUCUCAACCUCGAAGGUAUAUUGAAUACACAUAACGAGCACAUCUUAGAGAUCGCCAAGCAGGGCAACCUGUGUUUCGAGCUCUUCUGGCACUUGACAGCAAAUGGGCGAUCGAAUUCGAUUCCACGAAUCAAAUUUGAUCAAGCUAGAUAUUUGUUGUGCGAAUCACCUCGCCUCAAGUACCUAUUGAAGAUCUUCCUCGAAGAAGGCCUAACCCCUUCAUCAGCCAAACCUCGUUUUGUAAUCUUUUGCAACUGGCCAAUGACACUUUGGCUGGUUCAAAUGCUUCUUAACGCGCUCUCUCUCGACUUCGUGUCCAUCACCUCCCACAUGGGAGUAUCUGACCGAACGGAAGCGAUCGAUUGCUUCAAUGACCCUAACAACAAUUGUUCUGUAUUCAUCACGACCUAUUCGCUUGGAGCAUUCGGAUUGAAUUUGCAAAACAACUGCAGUCGUCUUAUCUUGAUGGAGUCAGCCAUCAACAACAACAGAAUCUUCCACGCCAUCGGACGUAUGCAUCGUCUCGGGCAAAGGAAUCCACAGAAGAUCUGGUUUUUGUUCCAAGAUUCUACAAUCCAGCGUUGGAUGGAGUGGAACAAUUUAGUGAAGAUCAGGGGACAGAUUGCAGCGCAGAAUAGAGAGGCGUUCGAACCAAUUCUUCGCCGCCGACAGGAAGCAAGAGAUCUGGAAGAUAUCUCCAUUGAUCCGAAAGGAGAACGGGAGGGAGACAUCCAGGAUCUCUGCGAUCGACAUUUCCGCGAAAUGAUGGGCCAGGAGGAAGGGUGUGCGGACCGCAAUGCCAUGUGGAACGAGACGGACUUGGAUGUGGUGACGAAAGGUAGACGCCACCACUCCAGCCGCCUUGGUCAUGGGGUCAACAACAUGACCCGUCAUGGAAAUGAUAAGGCAAACGAGUAUGAUGAAGAGAAGGGCAAGGGGAAGGAGAAGGAGCCAGCAAGCGAGAAAAGCGAGUCAUGA